CUUUCUUACCUUCAGAUCUGGAUGCGAACGGGCGUGGUUCUGGAAUUAGAACUAGGGGAAAUUCAAAAUCAACGUUCAUUUUUAUCGGUGAUUUGAGAUUAGGGUUUUGAUAAACCUAAGUGAGAUUCACACACAUUAUCGGCUUCGGAAGCAUUGAGCCAAAGUCAUGGCAUCUCGCUUACAGAUUCAGGAGGAUGAAUCUGUAUCUCUACGAGUUACUCAUGGAAACAUCAAGAGCUUCUCUGCCGAUGUUCGUUUCUCACUACAGAUGACAGUGGAAUCUGUAAAAGACAAACUUUGGAGAAAAUGUGGCACUUCUGUUAAUUCGAUGUGCCUUGAGCUCUAUGACGACACUGGUGCCAAAAUUUCAGUUCUAAGUGAUGAUUUGAGACCACUUGGAUUUUAUUCUCCACAAGACGGAUACCGGCUACAUGUUAUAGAUCUUGACCCCUCAUCAGUAACCUCUGGUGGCUGGCUGGAAGACACUUCACUGGUGGAGAAAUAUUCCAUUUCUGAAGAAGCCUAUGAUAAACUUGAUGGCACUUUUAGAAAAUUUAAGGAAAAAUUAGCAUCUCAAAACCCCUCAAUUCUGGAGUCCAAGAUAUCAGAUCACUACAUGGAAGAUCUCUGUGCAAAUAUCAAGGUAGGAGACAGAUGUGAAGUUGAACCAGGGGAGAAAAGAGGAGUUGUCAAAUUUGUGGGGCGUUCACAAUCUCUCGCACCUGGGUUCUGGGUUGGAGUUCAGUAUGAUGAGCCAUUAGGGAAACAUGAUGGCAUGGUGAAAGGGACACGGUACUUUGAUUGCCCUCCUCUCCAUGGUGCAAUGGUUAGGCCAGACAAAGUAAAGGUUGGUGACUAUCCUGAACGUGAUCUCUUUGAGGAAGAUGAAAUAUAGUCAGAUCGUAAAGAGGGGAGUAUCACGGUCUGCACUGCAAAUUCCAUAAUCCUUUUAAGGAUUCUGAAAUAGCCUUACUUAAUUUAUGCCUGUUAUAAUUUUUGAUACUCCCAAGGCUUGGAAAUGAUGUGUUUAAACAGUUUGAUAUUGUGACAGAAGAAAUGAAAUUCUCAAGUUAAGAGUGUGCGA